GCGCUGCACAGCAAGGAGGCGGCAACCGACUGUCACCCAGAGAGAGUAGAGGUUAGCUGUUUGUUCUGGUCGCAGGAAGAACAUCAAGGAGAUCCAGACAACAACAACAACAACAACAACAAUGAAAAGCGAGACCAAGAGGAGGCUGAGGGAGAGGUGUCGCCUGAGGACGGACAUCUUCAAGGAGUUCCUGGCGGAGUUUCUGGGGAUAUUUGUCCUGAUACUCUUUGGAUGUGGUUCAGUGGCCCAGGCGGUGCUCAGUAGAGGGGCUCUCGGGGAGCCCAUGAGCAUCCACAUAGGCUUCACCAUAGGAGUCAUGAUGGGCGUCUACGUAUCAGCAGGAGUGUCAGGAGGCCACGUGAACCCAGCCGUCUCUCUGGCCAUGGUGAUCCUGGGGAAGCUGCCACUGAAGAAGCUCCCUGUGUACCUGGUGGCUCAGUUCCUGGGUGCUUUCACUGGAUCCUGUGCCGUCUAUACGUUGUACUAUGACGCUUUGAUGGACUAUAGCGACGGAGAAUUAUUUGUAACUGGUGCCAAUGCCACAGCCAACAUCUUUGCAUCUUAUCCUGCCAAACAUCUCUCCCUCCUAAAUGGGUUUGUGGAUCAGGUCUACUCAGCUGGCGCUCUGGUCUUGUGCAUCCUGGCCAUCACUGACAAGAAGAACAGUGGUGUCCCAAAAGGCAUGGAGCCUUUGCUCAUCGGCUUGGUCAUCAUGGGCAUCGGAGUGGCCAUGGGACUGAACUCUGGCUAUCCCCUCAACCCAGCCCGAGACCUUGGCCCACGGGUCUUCACGGCUGUGGCCGGCUGGGGCCCGGAUGUCUUCAGGGCUGGAGGCUGCUGGUGGUGGAUCCCUGUGGCAGGGCCCAUGGUUGGCGGAGCAGUCGCAGCCUGCAUUUAUUGUCUCUUCAUUAAGUUUCACCACGAAGAGACGGAAAAACAGGAAGAGAACAACAUCCAGGACCAAUAUGGAAUGAUAACCUUGAGUUAAAAAAAUCUUCCUCUAGAACACUGUUUUUUUUUCACAGCUGAUUGUUUAAUACAAGGCAUGCAUGUCCAACAAUAUGAUGCAUGUAGAUGUAUUGUAUGCUGAUGUGAGUUGGGAUAUAUGUUGUUGGUUACAUAGGCAUAUAUAUAUUUGAGAUUAUAUUGUAGUGUAUUUUCUGCAACAGCACAGUGUGAACACUUAUUUGGCAACUCGACAAUCAUAUAUAUUUUUUAUUUAUUUGUCUUUUGUUCUUUUGUGAAAGAGAAACUAUUGUGAAAGAAGUCAAUUAAUGUGAGUGUCCGUUUGACUUCAAACCCUUUAUGUGGCCUACAUUUGAGUCAGAGUCCUUACAAUGUGCAUGUUUGAAAAGAUGUUUAAGUUUGUUUGAUUGAAUCUUGUUUUUUUACAUGUUGCUUUAGCUAUGUUAUUCUUUUACGGCGUAUUAUUAAGGUACUUUCUCAAGUAUUCUUUCUAGUAUUCUUUUUUUCUUUCAAAUGAUUCAGUGUAUCCUAUAUUGAACAAAAAUUGUGUUUUGUUCACACUUGUUAUGAAGGUUUUCAAAAAAAUACAAAUAAGCAGAAGUUUAGCUAAAUAUAUUGCUGUGACAGUAUGGGAAAGCUCUCCUCCCAUUGUUUGCAUACAAAUAAAAUGUCAGAAGUUAAAAAUAAAUUAAAAUCACUAAUAAACAUUGUUUUUACUGUUGGAAAAUAUGUAUUUGUCCAAAGCCAGAAUAAUUGUAAAAUCCCCUCUAGUGAUGGUGAAUAGAUUUGUGGUCCGGUAAAUGUUCUAACAGAAAACCAGGCCUUUUCACAGAAGACAGUUUGAUCUGUUACAAAAGGAAAAGCAAAGGUAUGAAAUUUAAAAUGAACUCACAUUUGUAGACUAGUGUGCAUGAAGCACGUUGUAAAGUCGACCGGGACAUAUGAACCGAACACAGCCAUUAACAUUAAAGUUAAUUCAAUUAAUUUCCUUUGAGGUGAUUUUAUUUCCAGUUUACACUCGAAUCUGGAAAGAAUAUGAAAAACAAAUGAUUCUUUAAAUUAUGUUGAUGUCUUACUCUCAUCACCUUUGGGAACUUUAACAUUAAUUUCCUGGAGACUAAGCAUAAUCCUAACCCCUAUUUGCCUAACUUUAUAACCAAAGGCCAAAACUCAGGCAAAAGCUUUGUCUUAAACUGGAUGAGACAUUACCAAUUAACAGAUAUCCCCCAAAUGUAGCUUUGUUGUUAUUGUCAAGCACCCCAGUAGGUCAAUGCACGGCCAGGAAUCAUCAAUUGGAUUAAAGCAGUGAUACAUUAAUAUUUAAACGAAGACAAGUGGAAGAGCUUACAUAACUUUUCACAGUUCAGUGGUUUUAAGGGCUCUUCCCACAGAGCACCUCCUUUCUGUGACUUAAAUAAUAUCUGCUUCUCAUUAAUGAUGGAUGACACGAGCUACAAGCUUUCGGUCUUUAUUCUGUUUCCUCUAGACAUGAUUUAUAGUAUUAUGGUUUGAGAGCAUACAAACACUGUUGUAUUUGUAUGCAUUUUACCUUAAAAUGAGUCACUGGCUAUCAAAAUACUGUGUUUGAACACACACACGGGCGCUCAAACACACACACACGCACGCGCACACACACACACACAGUAUUUGGAAAAGCAAAGGUUCCUCGUGUUUGCUUUUCAGAAGUGUUCACCUGCAGAUGUGACAGCACACAUUAGACAAACUGUGAUUUUAACUCUUUGGCUGCUGAACUGAAUUGAGCCUUUACAGAAAGUCGUGUGUUUACAGUGUGAAAUGUUCCUCGUAAAUGUCACCUGAGCCUGAACUAUGAAAACAAUGUGCCUGCGUGUGUUUAUAUGUGUGAAUACUGAGCUGAUUUACUGUCUUUUGCUUAUACAUCGUAUAACACAAAUAUAGUUAUUCACCAAUGCCAGUUCAAGUAUUAAUGUGUGUGUACAUCAGGGCUCAUAAAUUAAACAUUAUCAAGAAAUAUUGCAAUAUCAUCAAUAUUUCAAAAGUUCAAUGCAUUGUCUAAACACAGUGUGAAACAUAACUGGUACAACUCAUAUUUGUAAAAAAAAAAAAAAAAAGUCAUCCAGGAGGAAAAAUCUAUCUCUAAACUCAUCAGAAAUAAUAAUGUGACAUUUAUAAUGAUGAUGCAUUCAUUGAGCUACAUUCACUAUUAUUCCAAUUUUAGCCUCUGCACAUCAAAAUAAAUUGUGGGGAAUGUGUAUUAAACUGUUUUUGUGUGAAAAAAUAAAUAUCCAGAUUGAUUAUUGUAA